AUGGACUGUAUGGACCAUUGCUCUGUUCCAGCAUCACUGUUCUCAGAGUUACUCCUAAAAGAAUUGAAUGAAAACCCAGGCCUAGGAUUCUAUAGUGUAACUCAUCAGUCUGCAGAGAUCAACAGCACCUCAUUGUCAAAGAAAGGAACUCGGUAUUUCUCUUCACUGGUUCCAUGCACGGGAUGCAAGAAAACCUCCAACUAUCCAGCUGCAAAUGCCUACAAGAUCGUUUUUCAGUCCAAGCAAGACUUUAACAUCAUCGAUUCCCUCAUCAAGAUGUCUCCCAAGGGUAUAACAUCUUGCUUCAAGUCAAAGACCUCCCGCCUAACAAGGAUGGACAGAUUUACUCCAGAGCAGAAAUUCUGCUUGACUCUCUCUGCUCCAGCCAUCCCACCUUGUAAAGAUCCUCCUUCGCCUGGGCCUGGGCAGUACAGCCUAGUAGAUUACAAAGGGUCUCCAAAGCAGGACUGCUCAAGUGCUGUGUUUGUCUCAAACACAGGGAGAUGGAUGGGGAGCAUGUCACAGGAAAGGAAAAACAAUGAAGCACAGAAAUUAGGAGAGCCCACCUGCAAAGGCACGUGGACACCUGAAGACACAUACAAUUUCUAA